AUGUCCGCUACCGACGCAACCGCCAAGACCUUCUUCUCCUCCCCCAAGUUCGCCGUAGUCGGCGCCAGCACUAACACCGAGAAGUUCGGUUACAAGGUCUUCAAAUGGUACGCAGACCGUGACCUCCCCGCCACGCCCAUCAACCCGCAAGGCGCCGCCCUCACCGUCAACGGACAAUCCUACCCCGCCAUCAAGUCUCUCUCGGAGCUCGAGAACCCCAAGGAGACUUCGGUUUCUAUUAUUACCGGUCCCGCCAUCACGCUCAAGACGCUUCAGGAGGCCAAGGAAUUGGGAGUCCCUGCUGUCUGGCUGCAGCCCGGAACUUUUAAUGACGAGGUGUUGGCGUAUGCGAAUGAGAAUUUCCAGACUGUCGUUGCUGGGAAGGGAAGCUGGGGAGGCGAGGGGUGGUGUGUUUUGGUUGAUGGGGAGAGGAGUUUGGGUGGUGCUAGACUCUAG